GGAGGCGCUGGGAGACGGAGCGGACGCAGACAGGUGGAGCAUCAUGGCGCUCAUCCCCUCUCAGGUCCUCCGGGCCGCCAUCUUGCUCUCCUACUUCUCCAUCCUGUGUCACUACAAAGCUCUGGACAUGCCGGCGCACCAGACCUACGGAGGCAGCUGGAAGUUCCUCACCUUCAUCGACCUGGUGAUCCAGGCCGUGUUUUUCGGCCUGUGCGUCCUGAUCGACGUGUCCAGCCUGCUGACCAAAGGAGCCGACAGCAGGGAGCAGGAGCGGCAGCUGAAGAAGCUGAUCGGCCUGAGGGACUGGAUGAUGGCUGUGCUGGCGUUCCCCGUCGGAGCGUUUGUUGUGUUCACAUUCUGGAUUCUCUACCUCUACGACAGAGAGCUGGUCUACCCUAAGCUGCUGGAUAACUUCAUCCCUCAGUGGUUGAACCACGGCAUGCACACCACCGUCCUCCCCUUCAUCAUCAUCGAGAUGCGGACCACCCACCACAGCUACCCCAGACGCUCCUGCGGCCUGGCGGCAGUCUGCUGCUUCGGCGUGGGAUACAUCCUCUGGACGUGUUGGGUCCACCAGGUGACGGGGGUGUGGGUGUACCCGGUGCUGGAGCGCAUCGCCCCGCUCGCUCGGGUGGCCUUCUUCAGCGCCAUGACGGCGGUGAUCUGCGUCAUGUACGUCCUGGGGGAGAUCCUGAACAGCUACAUCUGGGACCAGACGGCCACAGGUGACCCGCUGCUUCAGAACGACUCGUUAGUAAAGGUCAAAGGUGAAUGACGUCCUGCUCGGCACCAGAACCGGCCCGGCAGAACGGAGCCUCCCUGAGGAGCCGGGCGUUUCCACGCCGACCACCGCCACGUCCUCGGCUGUCGUUCUUUGUUGUGUGUAGUUCUGCUCUGAAUGUUCCGCUGCAUGAUUCUAACAGAACCAGACGAACGGAUCGCCAUCAGAGGCGGAGCUUCUCAUCCGCCACGCUACAUGUGAAAAUAAAGCUGGAACAGGC